GCGUAGGCGCCUCCGUAUCCAUAUAUACCGCGCCGUCGGCAACGGCAGUGCACUGCGACUGCAUCCGCAACAGAACCAGAACCGCUCCAGAGAUGAAACCGUACAGCAAGCUGUUGCUGGCGUUGGCGCUGGCCGUCGUGGUAGCGGCGUGCGUGGUGUCGGCGGCCAAAGGCGACGGCGACGACGAGAACGCUUCCGGCAACGCGGGCCACGAGGGCCACGGCGGCCGGCACGAGGGUAGAGGUCACCAGCACCACGGCGAGGGCCGCAACUGCAGCCACUCGCACGGCGGUGAGGGUAGAGGUCACCAGCACCACGGCGAGGGCCGCAACUCCAGCCACUCGCACGGCGGGGAAGGCGGCGCCGACCACGGGGGGCGGCCCGGCGGCAGGGGGCACCGGCACCACCACCACCACCACGGCCACCGCGGCCAGCAGGGCGAGCACAGCCACGAGGGCAGCCACGAGAGCCAAGAGAGCCACGAGGGCAGCCACGGCGGCCGCGGCGGCGGCGGCCACCAGCACGGCCAAGGCGCCCAGGGCGGCCAGCAAGGGGGGCAGGAGGGCUCCCACGCCGGGGAGAACCGCGAGAAUUAUUAGACGACGGAUAACGCCGGCUUCAUUGAAGACACGACCAUAUCUAGAGGUCUGCUGUACAUAGAUACAAACUGUUGACGUCAACUGCAACCUAAUAAAAUUACACGUUGUUAGUA